AUCGCUAAUCUACCAAAAAGAUGGACAAACGAAAACAUCCCGACGUGGAAAAUGGCGACUCCGAACAAGUCGAUGUGGAGUCGCCUGCACGUAAAAAGGGAAAGGCCACGCCGGUCGCCGGUCCGCAAGGACUUUUUCUAGAUACAGUGAACCGGUACAUGCUGGACUUCGAUUUUGAAAAACUGUGCUCCGUUUCGCUUUCCAACCUGAAUGUAUAUGCGUGUUUGGUAUGCGGGAAGUACUUUCAAGGAAGAGGGAAAUCGUCACAUGCCUAUUUCCAUAGUCUGCACGAAAAUCACCACGUUUUCAUCAAUUUGUACACACUAAAGGUGUAUAUCUUGCCCGACGGUUAUGAGGUAACCGACUCCUCGUUGAACGAUAUCAAGUAUGUCCUCAAUCCGACAUUUACUCUAGAACAAGUCGCACAAUUGGAUAAAGUAAAUCCAUAUUCUUACGAUCUGAACAACAAGCGGUACCUUCCGGGGUUCGUGGGUCUUAAUAAUAUUAAGGCGAACGAUUAUGUCAACGUCGUUGUGCAAUCUUUGAUUCACGUCCAACCGCUGCGAGAUCACUUCCUGAUUGACAACUCAGCGACGGGAUCUGAAUUAGUUAAGAGAUUUGGGAUGCUGAUGCGAAAAGUAUGGAAUCCUCGUGCUUUCAAGGGCCAAGUGAGUCCGCAUGAAUUGCUGCAGGAAAUAUCAAAUGCUAGUCAAAAGAAGUUCCGACUGAAUGAGCAAGCCGAUCCCACGGAUCUUAUAUCAUGGCUUCUUAAUGCGUUGCAUGCUGGCAUGGGUGGAAAAAAGAAGGCAGGCAGCAGCCUUAUUCAUCGCACAUUUCAGGGGGAAUUAAGAAUAGAUUCACAGACUAUUGUUGUCAAGGAGACAGUGGAGGGCGAGGAAGCCGAAAAGAAAGUUUUCGAUGAAUCUCGAGAAAUCAUAUCGAAACGAAGUCCUUUUAUGUUCCUGACGUUGGAUCUUCCACCCCCACCCCUCUUUCAGGAUGAGACCGAGAAGAACAUCAUCCCACAGAUUCCACUAGCCACCCUUUUGAGUAAAUAUGAUGGUGUUACAGGACAGGAAAGCGGCAAUAUCCUACGAAGAUACAAGAUCACCGCCUUGCCAGAAUAUCUGAUUUUCCAUAUCAAGCGCUUUACUAAGAACAAUUGGACCAUGGAGAAGAACCCGACUAUCGUAAAUUUCCCAAUCAAGAACGUUGAUAUGUCAGAUUACGUCGAAGGCCCCGACGCACUGGGAGAAACUCGAUAUGAUCUGGUUGCUAAUAUCUGCCACGAGGGAAAGCCAGGACCAGGAAAUGGCAUAUACAGAGUGCAUGUGCAUGACAAAGCAAAGGAUCAAUGGUUCCAGAUACAAGAUUUGUUCGUGGAGGAGAUAAUGCCACAGAUGAUAUUCCUUUCGGAAUCGUACAUUCAGAUUUGGGAAAAGACGAGGUCAUAGUAAUAGAAAUCAGAUACACCCAGAUUCGUCCGUUUUCCUUUUGAAAAUUUCGUCCACUCUUUCUCUUAGGAUGCCUGAGCUGGGCCGAUCCACACUGGAGUCACCUGCUUGGUGAGGGAAAUGUCAGAUAAUCACUGUACAGAUGUUUGAGUCCGCUCUAUCUGAUUAAAAUAAUUGACAUAUAUACAUGUUAUUACCCA